CUUCAUACACGGAGUGACUGGGUGCAGUAAAGUCUUCACCUUUCUCUUUCUCGAAGCGCCUGCUUUGCAAAGUUUCAAAAAAUGGCUGCUUGUUAGCUGCUGCUCCUGGGUAGAUUUCUGAAGACCAAUCCAAGAAUCUCCUCAUUUCCAACGCCCCCCCAAGACAUCACCACAAAACCCAAACCCCAUCAGAGGACAUCGCUCGUGACUGUCACAUCUUUCUUUCCCCAAAACAAGGUCAACAAUCAGAGCAUUGAUCGUCACCCCACAGACACAGUCACCGACACCCUUGUGUACUCUGUUUGGCCUUCCAACCACGCUCGCCACACACGGGCGCGGGUACUCUGUUUCUGUCGUUCUCAUUCUUGCAAGAGGAUGACUCCCACCAAGAAGACCAUCCCACGCCAAUUCUCGUACAACACGCUCUACGUGAACCCCCUGACCGACGCCAGGCACGUCCGCAGCUGCAGCGAAGGGAUCGCCCUCGAGGGCCACUCGAACCACAGCCCCGUCAAGCUCGGCGACCACCGCAAGGAGAAUGCCCAUCCCAACCAAGAACCGGACGCGGCGGACGGUGACGAUAAAGAGAACGCCGCUCCGAAAUCUUGGUCUGCGGCCAUUUCCAAGCACUCCUCGAAUCUGAAGUCUCUGUCCACCGGGAAAGCUUUGAACUUGAAGCCGUCUUCUCUCCAGUUCUGCAUGCAAAUGCAAGACAAAGAUCCGAAUUUGGGGUCCAAAUUACGGGACCCAAUUGGGUCGGAGAACUCGCAUUCUGUGAAUAUCUGGGAUUACUCUGAUUCGGAGUCGGCUCCAGCUUCGUCUUGGUCUACAUUGCCAAAUAGGACUUUGUUGUGCAGACCAUUGCCUGUGGACAUUGGGAGGUGCACCUGUGUUAUUGUGAGGGAAAAGUCUAUAGAUGGAGUUAGUGGUGGCACUCUGUAUUCUCUAUACACCAACGAAGGUAAGGGACGACAAGAUCGAAAACUAGCUGUUGCCUUCUGCAAGCGACGCAAUGGAAAAUCCAUCUUCACCAUAGCUCAGUCUGUAAAAGGAUUAUUAUCCAAUGGUGAUGAUAGUUACAUCGGUGCUGUAACAGCCAAUGUCAUGGGUUCAAAGUACCAUAUAUGGGAUCAGGGGGUCUCUUUGGACUCUGUAGCUAGAGGAACUAAAGCUCUUUUAGCAGUUGUAACAUUUGUACCUACCAUAGCCACUUGGACAGGAAGCCACAGGAUCAUGAGAGCGUACAUACCAAAGCAUCAAUCAAUGCAGCUGAAGAACACAACUCAAGUUCCACACAUCAGUGGACUCCCAAAGGACUGGGAGGAAAGAAGAGAUAGAGUCCAUCAGCUAGUCUCAAGGGUUCCACACUACAAUAAGAUUUCUCAGCAAUACGAGUUAGAUUUCAGAGACAGGGGAAGAGCUGGACUUAAAAUACAGCGAUCGGUCAAGAAUUUCCAGCUUAAUUUGGAGGAGAAUGGUAAGCAGACAAUCCUGCAGCUCGGACGGGUGGGAAAAUCUAAAUAUGUCAUGGACUACAGGUACCCUUUGACAGGUUAUCAGGCAUUCUGCAUUUGUUUGGCCUCCAUAAAUACAAAGCUAUGCUGCACAGUGUGAUGACACUGUGCUUGCCCUCCUGAAUUUGUAAUUCAAUCUCUGAGUACAGAUGUCAGAAGUCGUAUCUUCAUCUUUUGGGCGCUAUCCCACUACUUCAUGCAGAAGUAGUAUGGCACCAUUUUUUGUAGAGGCAAACAUUUCGAGACAACAAUUAUGGGCCGUUUUAGAUGCAAAACGCAUGCAUCUCGUCAUCCCAAA